AAAACUUGCAAAAACACUACUUUAAAGUUAACCUUGUCGUGUCUUUUUUGCUCUUUUUUUCUUCAGUCAAUUUUUGGGUCAAGAAUCAUUUCUAUUUUCAUAUCAAGAUAAAACCCUUUUAGGGGUUUAGUCCAAAGUAGAAUUUUGUUUGGUUAAUUAGGCUAAACUUGAACAUGAACGGAGAGGAGUUGACAGAGCAAGAAACUGCUUUGUAUGAUCGCCAAAUUAGGGUUUGGGGUGCUGAUGCUCAACGAAGACUAAGCAAAUCCCACAUAUUGGUUUAUGGAAUGAAGGGCAUUAUUGCUGAGGUAUUUGCUACUGCAACCUUAAAACUAACCAAAAAUGUGUUCUUUUUUAUGUUGAUAAGGGCUGUGUCUGAAGAAGCGUUGUCUGCUAAUUUUUUGAUACCCCCUGAUGAAAGUGUUUGCAUUGGGAAAACCCUUGCUGAGCUUUGCUGUGAUUCUUUGAGAGAAUUUAACCCCAUGGUUCGUGUUUCGGUUGAAAAAGGUGAUUUGGCAAGCUUGGGUGCGGAAUUCUUUGAUAAGUUUGAUGUUGUAGUUAUCAGUUGCUGCUCGCUAGCCACCAAAAAAUUAAUCAAUGAAAAGUGCCGGAAGUUAUCAAAGCGUGUAUCUUUUUAUGCAGUUGACUGUAGAGAUUGUUGUGGUGAGAUCUUUGUUGAUUUGCAGAAGUACAAUUAUGCAAAGAAAAAGACAGAUGGAGCUACUGAAUGUGAACUGCAAUAUCCAAGUUUUCAGGAAGCUAUUUCAGUGCCUUGGAGAUCACUUCCCCGGAAAGUCUCAAAGCUUUAUUUCGCUAUGAGAGUGAUUGAAAGGUUUGAAGAGGCUGAAGGACGCAAGCCAGGAGAAAUUUGUAUAGAGGACCUUCCUGCUGUUCUAAAGCUGAAAAAGGAUCUUUGUGAGGCACAGUCAGUAAAUGAAUCUCACGUUCCGGAUACCCUCCUUGAAAGAUUGGUAAUGGGUGCAAAAGAGUUCCCUCCAGUUUGUGCCAUUAUUGGAGGAACUCUUGGACAGGAGGUAAUCAAAGUAAUAUCAAGCAAAGGGGAUCCCGUCAAGAAUUUCUUCUUCUUUGAUGCUACGGAUGGGAAAGGCAUGAUAGAGGACAUAUCAAACCCUAACCUGGAAAGCUGAUCAUGUUCAGAGAAGCUUAUGAACUAAAAUUAUAUGCUGGAUGCAAUAAUGGGCAUUCAAUACUCUUAACUACCAUGGAGGAGAUUUCAUAGUCAGCACUAGUGUUUUUCUUUCCUUGUAUAAACUAAUCUAAUUCUGUAGCCCUAGAAAACUGGAGCUUGUUUAUUGAUUUGUCUACGUUUUUUUU